CUUUGUUAAUUUGGAAUUUGGAGUAAGUAUAAUCGCGGUUAACCGGAAGAGUCCCAGGACCUGUUUUUCGCAUUUUCUAAAAGAACAAAAAUGUCUGAGACUGAGGUCUCUGAGGUAUUGCAGACAUUUUUAGACACACUCAAUUAUAAACAAAAAGCGUAUUGGAAAGUGCUUGAGGAGGAGAUCGGAGGUGAAAUUCCUGCACAUCUAAAGUACAUCCUUCACAAAUUUGAUUAUACAACCAUUGGAGGAUGGACUCUUUUCGAGUUAUGUUCUGAUAUAACAAUGAUGGAAAUAGAUAUAAAUGAAACAGACAAGGAUGGUGAUCCAGAACUCACAUGGUACGAUGAUAUCGCAGAUGAAUUGUUACCCAGAGAACAGAAAACCUUCUCUUUCUCCACUGCGGAGAUGAACAUCAUAAAACUUCAUCGUACAGUCCGUUAAAAAGAACGGGAAUAAAU